AUGAUGACUCGCUUGCGUGAAUCCCUGGCCGGUCCAGGGUACGUGAUUCUGAACGUCAUUCGCGUUCUCAACAUUAUCACGUUUAUGGACCUUAUAGCUGCUUGUGCAGUUUUGCUGGUCAAAAUUGACAUGCUGAACAGCUUCUUUUUCUUCGAGGCUGUGACCCAUGCUGUGGUGGCUCUGGUCAGCAUCUUUAUGAUCGUCUCGGAGCUCCCAGUCCUUCAAACCUAUUUCGACAACCACUGGCCGAUGUUCGGACAAGAAUCUAGCUUCUACUCUCUCGGUGGGAUCAUGAUGAUCCUGGGUGUAGCAACACUGGGCAAUUUAAACACCAAAGCUAUGACCCAGGAAACCAUUGGAAUGACUUUUUGGAGAAUCAUCAUCUCCGCCGGUGUCCUGGCAAUGAUAGUUAGCGCGGUGAACGUCCUAGCAAGCUUCAUCUUCAGUGACCCCGAGACUGGCGUCAGUGCCCGUCAGGUGCGGGUAGAUGGAGCUGUUGCACCGCAAAAGGCAAUGAGCCGGACCAGCAGCCACCGUACUCUCCAUUUGAGUGUGAAGCGUGAGGAAACAUUGCCCACCUACACACGCAACCCGGUCAAGCGUGCCACCAAUCGUUUCACCGGCCGGUUUCCACUCAAGAUCUCUAAGCCCAUGAAUCCGACCCUGGUUGAGGAGAAUGAUGCCGCUUCCUCCAAGUACUCUCGUGACUCUGCAGAGAUCCGUCCUCCCGACCUCGCACACCACCCUGCUUUAUCGGGUCAUAUGGUUUAA